AUGGAGCCCCCACCCGCCUACAUGAACAGCCCGAACCCCGGCGCCCAGCAGUCCUCCUCCCAGACGGCCAUCGACCUCGGCGACGUCAGCGGCAUCGACAAUUUGGGCUUCUACGACUCGGGCACCUAUGCCAGCUCGUCGGAACAGCAGGGAUACGAAAAGACUGGCUACGACCUUUCCGGGAACCUCUCCUCCGCGCCAGCCGCCUCUUCCGGUGCAUAUCGUCGCCAAAAUGCCGGUUAUGCGGGCAAAUUCCUGGAAAACCGCGGAUUCGGCUGGUUACUCGACGUUGACGACGAAGAGGAAAAUCAAAAGCCGCUCUUGGAAGAACUCGAUAUCGAUUUGACCGACAUCUACUAUAAAGUGCGAUGCGUGCUCUUGCCGCUUCCCUACUUCCGGUUGAAGUUGAGCAUCGUUCGGGAAUCGCCCGAUUUCUGGGGCCCGCUGAUGGUGGUCGUCGCCUAUGCGCUGCUGUCGAUUUACGGCCAGAUGAGUGUCGUCUCUUGGAUUCUGACAAUCUGGUUUUGCGGCGCGUUUCUCAUCUUCUUCCUGGCGCGGGCGCUUGGCGGUGAUGUUGGCUAUAGUCAGGUACUCGGCAUAGUCGGUUACUGCUUGAUCCCGUUGGUCGUCACCGGCGUCUUCAUGUCGCUUCUAAAGAGCUUCCAAACCUUCUCCUUCCUGCUCGGCACGUUCGGCAUCAUCUGGGCGGUGUACAGCGCCGGCAACUUGCUCUGCGUCGAGGAGCUGACGGAGAAGCGACCCCUUCUGCUCUACCCCGUCUUUUUGCUGUACAUCUACUUCUUCUCGUUGUACCAUGGGGUU